AUAUUCAAGGAAACCAAGUUUAACAAGUUUGGGAUAGAGGAUCCCUACUAUGAGACAUACACCAUCGAAGAUCCUAAGGGAAAAAAAGCUCCUGUUGUGAAGCGCAGAAAGAGGCCAAUUCCAGUCGGUAUAUCAGAAAAAGAUGCCAAAAUCCUCAAGAAGCUCAAGAGAAGAGCAUAUCGUUUGGACUUACUAUUUAGCUGCUGUGGAUUUCGAGUUGGGUGGUCUUGUAUAAUUGGUUUUGUUCCAAUUAUUGGAGAUAUAUUUAAUGUGGUUUUAUCAUUAAUGCUUUACAGAACAGCGCUCAAUUUGGAAAAUGGUUUGCCCAAAAGAGUCCAAGUAAGAUUUUUGCUGAACAUUGUAAUUGAUUUUGCUAUUGGUCUUGUUCCAAUUGUUGGUGAUUUUAUCGAUAUUGCAUUCAAAGCCAAUUCUAGAAAUGCAUUGUUAGUUGAAAAGCAUUUAGCUGAAAUCGGACAAAAAAGAUUAAAA